GACGGAGAGCGAACCGCGCAGUCGCAGGAACGAGAUAACUUUAUGAAAUGGUGAAAUUAAUUUGUACUUUAGAAGAUCACAAUGAUGAUGUCAACUGCUGUGCCUUCUCCUCUUCCUUCCUGGCUACAUGUUCCUUGGACAAAACUAUCCGUCUGUAUUCUUUAAACAAUUUUGAAGAACUUCCUUACUCACCGUUAAAAGGCCAUACUUAUGCUGUCCACUGCUGCUGCUUUUCUCCUUCAGGACACAUUUUAGCUUCUUGUUCUACAGAUGGCAACACAAUUCUGUGGAACUCUAAAAAUGGACUGAAACUAGCAGUUCUCGAGCAUCCCUCAAGAAACCCUGUAAGAAUUUGUCGAUUUUCCCCUGAUUCCACAUACUUAGUUUCAGGAGCAGCUGAUGGCAGUGUAAUUCUUUGGAAUGUCCAGUCUUUGAAAGUCCAUCGAUCUGGCAGUGUUAACGAUGGCUCUUUAGUGGCCUGUGCAUUUGCUCCUAAUGGAAGCUUCUUUGUGACAGGAUCAUCAUGUGGAGAUUUAACUGUUUGGGAUGACAAAAUGAGGUGUUUGUAUAAUGAGAAAGCUCACGAUCUUGGAGUCACCUGCUGUGACUUUUCUUCGCAGCUAGUUUCUGGUAAUAAGCAAGAAUUCCAGAUGGCGUCUUCUGGGCAGGAUAAUGUAAUUAAGAUAUGGUUUAUUUCAUCUGCUGAACCCAUAGGUGUUGAAUUAAAAUGUAAACACACAUUGAGUGGACAUACUGCUCCAGUUCUGGCUUGUGCUUUUUCCUGUGAUGGGCAAACAGUAAUAUCUGGAUCUGUGGACAAAACAGUUAUUAUUUUUGAAACUAAUACUGGGAACAUCCUACACACUUUGACUCAGCAUACCAGGUAUGUUACAACCUGUGCCUUUGCACCAGACAUCCCAUUAUUUGCUACAGGUUCAAUGGAUAAAUGUGUGAAGAUCUGGCAGUUUGAACCAAAACAACUUUUUGCAGGAGCUACACCCAAAGAGAGUACAAACACAUCCAUCGAGAACUGGUCAGAAGAAGAUGUUUCAAUUUGGCUAUGCAAACAUGGUUUAAAAGACCUAGUUGAAAUUUUCCAAAAGAAUAACAUUGAUGGUAAAGAACUGCUGAGUCUUACCAAAGAGAGUUUGGCUGAUGACUUAAAAAUUGAAUCUCUAGGCCUUCGCAGUAAAGUGUUGAGGAAUAUUGAAGAACUGCAGAUUGAGAGGAAAUCUGCCUGUGAGUCUGUGCCCGAUGAAUUCCUAUGUCCUAUAACAAAGGAACUUAUGAAAGAACCAGUCAUUGCUGCAGAUGGCUACUCCUAUGAGAAGGAAGCAAUGGAAAACUGGAUCAUUAAUAAAAGGCGCUCUAGUCCCAUGACAAAUCUCCCUCUUCAGAGACUUGUACUUACCCCAAACAGAACUUUGAAAAUGGCUAUCAAUCGCUGGUUAGAAACACAGCCAGUGCGCAAUCAAAAACCACUGUCUUAAAUAAUUUAAGUGAUAUUUC